UCAAGCCUCAUUUUUUUUCAAAUUUCCCAGCCUCCUCUCGCCGGAAAAUCGGCCUUUUCACCUUCUCCUUCCAUUUUCCGGCCAUAACUUCCUCUCUCGACCUCCAAAUCACAAACCGCGAACGCCCCCACGCUCCUAGCGUCGAGGAGCACAUUCCCCAAAGAUUUGGGCUAGUUUGGCUGCGGUUGGGUCGCCGGCGGUGAGUUUUCUGGCGAGUCUCCGGUGUGUUUUCCGACGACUUUGGGUGCUUCUUUCCACUUUCUUCACCUCUCUCGUGGUCUCUUCUUGCGUCUCCAGGGGGCCUUGUCUUUUCCUAUAUUUUUGGAGAAUCGAUACCUAGAGUUAGGUGAAGAACUUCUGAUUGUGGAAUGAAUGGUUUGGGAAUAUUUUGGGUUUGGGGGAUGAUUGGGAUGAUUGCAUGUUGCAUUGUAUGCAGGCUAGUAUGGUUUUUGUGUGGUGGAUCGAUUGGUGCUUAUUUCAUACGGGUUUGGGUAUUCUUGUUUCACCGGGGGCCUAGUCCACUGUCCGAAUCGCUCGAUUUGAGGGUCCCCGGUGUAUUUUGCUGUGUAAAUCUCAUAUGAUGGGUAUGCUUGUUUCGCCGGGAGUCUAGUCCACUGUCCAUAUCUUUCGAUAUGAGGGCUCCCGGUGUGGGUUUGGCCUAACAUUGACCCCGUUUGCUUGUGUACACUUUGUCCUUCAUUGUGUUUUGCAGGAUCAUGGAGGUUUAUCUCGACCAGAUGAACAUCGUCCAGCACCAUAAGCUGCGGAACCUCCGUAACCGCAGCAUCGCCGAGCACUAUCACCUCGAUUGGGAGGUGUUCGAUGAGCUUCAUGCCAGGCCACAGAUGGAGGUCGUGGUCCGCCCCUAUGGUUGGCGGCGUCUUCUCACCCUCGCCGAGCCGACCUACAAGGAUCUAGUCUGGGAGUUCUACGCCACCUUCCGCCACAAUUCGAAGGGGAACUCCGACCAUGCUGAUGCAGUUCAGUUCACCCUCGGCGGGGUGGAGCACUCCCUCAGUUACUGGGAGUUCGCCAAUGCACUUCGUCUCAAUUCCUGGGCAGCAGGCGGGCCUCCUCUCCGCUUGGAUCUCUCUGAUCCCACAGACUUCGCUUCCCAGGCGUACUUUCAGAGCAUCUGCCUGCCGAACAGUGUGGAUGAAGAGUACGUGGCCAGCCAGACGCGGGCUGCUCUCCUUCGUCCGGAGUGGCGGAUCCUCAACCACUUGAUGUGCACUUCUUACACACCCAGCAAGGGCUCGUCCAACCGGGUCACACUCCGGACACUCUGGUUGAUGCAUGCGAUGGGACGUUCUGAUGACACCAUCCAGCUGGGUUCUGUGCUUGCCCGGACGUUCACUAAAGCCGCAAUCAGCACAACUCGCAGCCUUGUUUGUGGCCCGGUGAUCACCGCCUUGGCCCGCACCUAUGGGGUGGACUACACAGGGAUGACAUUGGUCCGCGGGCCAACCCCACUCGGCGAGGCUACUCUCCGCCACCAGCACUUGGUUGCUCGCCACGGGCGUGUGCGCUGGAUCGCGGGCCUUCCUCAGCCACCUAUACCUGCAGAGGGCGACCAGGCCGAGUCGAGCGCCGCUGGUGGGCGGCGAGUUCCCCAUCGCGUUCCCCGUCGUGACCAGGCUCCCGCGAGCCCCUCUUCUGCUCCCCGGUCUCCUUCUCCAGGGUCACCUCCUCCAGUGGUGGUGCCCAUCUCCGACCAGUUGGCGGCGAUCGCUCAGCAGAAUGAGCGCAUCCUGGCCGGCCAGGAGCGCAUCCACACCCGCCUUGAUCGUGAGCGGGACCGAGGGCGUCGUCUCAUGUCGGGGCAGCACUACAUCAUGUCCUACUUGGGCUUGGACCCGAACGCGGUCCACUACCCGUUCGUGCAGUCCCCAAGGUUUGAGGAUGAGUACCCUCCACCCACCGGCGAUGGUGGUGAUGCCUUCUAGAGCGGGUUUUGUGCUUUAUUUGUUUUUCAGACUAAGACUCCGUGUUUUGUGGUUUCGUUUUGUUUUUUUUUAUCGUGGAUUGUAUACUUGGUACUCUUAUUCCUAUCACUCAGUGUGUGUGUGUUUUUGUUGUCUCUAGCUCUGUGCCUCCUUCUUUUGACUGGUCCGCCAUCCAGUCAACUUUCCUGACCACUGUUUCACGGUAACAUCGUUCCCCUUCCUUCUGCUCCAUUGAGGACAUUAUCGCGUUUAAGUGUGGGGGGGUUCUUUGUAUGAAUUGGAACGUAUAUAUGUGUGCUUGGAGCCUAGUCCACUGUCCAAAUCUUGAGAUUUGAGGGCUCCAAGCACGGUUGUUUGCUUGAUGAUUGAUUGUAUUGGCACUGUGGAUGUGAUUAGUGAAUUGAAUGGCUUUUGACUUGAUACAUGACAACUUGAGUGUGAUGUAGACAACUUAUUGUGAUGACUGAGAUGUGCAGUAGAAUUGUGUAGGGGAUCAGUUUUUCAACUGUCUGCUCACCAAAUGUGACUUAGUUUGAUCACUUGCUUUUGACAGUCAUUUAUGCAUCUAGUUCAGGGAAUCAGAACUAGAGAUAGAGCAUAUAGGUAGCCAUGUGAGAUUUGAGCCUGCUCGUUUCUUUCUUGUGCGAUAGUUCCCUCUUCCAUGAUGUGCAGCAUUCACGUUGUCAUUAGCUAAGAUGAUGGAGGCAUAGGAUUAGCCCACGACCAAAUUGACUGUCCUGGUGUGUCAUACCCCUAGUCAGCCCCUUUGAGCCGUGUGUUUUUCUUUCUUUCGGUCUUCAAUGAAAAGUCACCCUUUUGCAUCUUUUAGAAGGUUCCACAGAGUGAUUUUUACAUGUUCUCUGCUGUUUCUGCUAAAUGUAAUGUGAGGGUUGGAGGUAGUGCUUAAAAGUUGGGCAGGUGUUUGAAAAUGUGCAGAGGCGGUGGUUCUCUUAUGAAAUGAAAAAUAAUGAAAGAA